AUGGCCCUUCGAUCACUCACGUCCCUCAACCUCCGAACAGCGAAAGCCAUGGCCCCCAUCGAGCGUAUCACCCUUUUCAAGAUCCCCAACGAGGCGGAUCGAGACCGCGUGCUCGAGCAGUACAAGGUUCUCGCAAAGACUGCCACCAAGGAUGGCAAGCCCUACAUUGUCGCUGCGGCUGUCGGCGUCUCGAUCCCGGACCCCAGAAACAAAGGGUAUAAUAUCUCAGUCAAGACGACUUUCGCUUCGCUGGAUGAUAUGAAAUACUACGAUACCGAAUGUGAGGCGCACAAGGCAUUGAAGGCCGUUGCGGGCCCGGUCAAGGAGGAUGUCUUGACAACAUUCUAUGAGAAUAUUCUAUGA